CGCAUUUUAGCACCCGGCGCAACUCUAAAUAAUCGUGACUCCCCAGUCCACACUCUAGACUCGUCCAGGGGCUUCACAGAGGAAAAGCUAUAGUUCCAGUCAGUUGAGAUUUGAGAAAGAGCGACUCAGUGAGUGAGGUAGGGACGAAAAUUAGAACUGAGAAGGAUGGAGAGCGAGCCAACUCGGAUAAUGAUGGGAGUGAACGAGUCGACGAUCAAGGGGUAUCCGCAUGCAUCCAUCAGCAGCAGAGGAGCUUUUGAUUGGACUCUGAAAAAGAUCAUUCGCUCCAACACUUCUGGCUUCAAAAUUCUUUUCCUACAUGUUCAAGUUCCUGAUGAAGAUGGUUUUGAUGAUAUGGAUAGCAUAUUUGCAUCACCAGAAGAUUUUAGGAGAAUGAAUCACAGAAACAAGAUCAGAGGACUUCAUCUGCUAGAGUAUUUUGUGAACAGAUGCCAUGAAGUUGGGGUUGCUUGUGAAGCAUGGAUCAAGAAAGGUGAUGCGAAGGAAGUUAUCUGUCAUGAAGUUAGGAGUGUUCAACCAGACUUUCUCGUUGUUGGAAGUAGAGGACUUGGUCCAUUCCAGAGAGUUUUUGUAGGAACAGUCAGUGAAUUUUGUGUGAAGCAUGCUGAAUGUCCCGUCAUCACCAUCAAACGCAGUGCAGCCGAAUCUCCUCAAGAUCCUGUAGAUGACUAGAGCAUUCUUGAUGUAUACGUUAGGUUUCCAGCUCUGUCUGUAUAGUAAUUGACUGGAUUUCGGUGUGUGUGGAUGAGAUUAAGUGAUAUUUGUUUGCCCCCACCCUUGGUUCCUCUGCUUCUUAGUUUUCUAAUUGUUACUCUCUCUAAGAUCCAAGGGGAUUUGAAGUUUACAUAGACAGCUGGAUUCUCUUUGAAAGAGAUUCUUUUGGAUAAUUUCCUCCAGUUUACUAUUGAGGUUGGGAGUAGUAAGCCGUGGUAAAAUCUAUGUUGCGCUCUCUUUGAAAUGGAUUCUUUUGGCAAUCUAGGAAUGCUUAAGCAUUCUUCUUUGACA